AUGUCUUUUCACUUUGCUCGUCUAUCUGCGCGACCCCUGCGCUCCAUGCGCUUGGUGCGCUGGAACUCCACAGCCAGUCCCGCCACGCCGCCGCUGAUGGUUACUCUGCGAACGGAUCUGAAGACUGCCAUGCGAGCCAAGGACACUUCCAGACUCAAUGUCCUCCGUGCCCCAAAAGACCUCUUCCCGAUCCAAACAGACAUCCAAUUGCUCUCACUCCUUCAAAAACGCGCAACCGCUUCCAAAGAAGCCGCUCAAGAAUUUGCCGCAGCUGAGAGACCCGAUCUGAAGGAAAAGGAGGACGCGCAGGUCGCUGUUCUGGAGGAGUAUGCCAGCCAGGUUGAGACCAUGUCUGCGGAGGAAAUGCAAGCCAUUGUGACCAAGGAGAUUGCUGCCAUCAAGGAGGCUGGAACCAAGUUGAACAAAGGACUGAUCCUGAAGGCUCUAUUUGCGCCCAAUGGUCCUCUGGAUGGCAAGCCUGUCAACCGGAAUGAAGUUGCCAAGCUGGUCAACGAGGCCGUUUCCGCCUAA